CUCUGCUCCUCUUCUCCCCCAAAUGCCGCGCCGCAUUCACCACUAGCUCCCACACCUCCUCGCCGUCGCCGCUCACCGCUCGAUCGCCCGCCGCCGCCGACGACCGAGCGACCAUGGGCUGCUUCCUGGGCUGCUUCGGGGGCGCCAAGUCCAAGGAGCGCCGCCACCGCAGGCGGAAGCGCUCCCCCGCGCAGUCCCCCAACGCCCGCGCCCGCCACCACUCCCCCAGCAAGGCAGACCUCCAUGCCGAGGCCGUCUCCGCCGCCGCGCCGCUCCUCUCCACCCUCCUCGAGCUCAGGGAUUCCGCCGAUGACUUGUGCCUCGCCGUCGUGAAGAAGAAGGUGACGUUCGACUCCAACGUCACCGCGUACGAGGCGCCCGCGAUCCCGGAGGCGGAGGAGCAGGAGGAGGAGGCCGACCCGGCUUCGGCUGCGGGCGGCGACGAGGAGGCGUGGAUGCUGGGCCCGGACUGCGCGAAAUCCGAGGCGUUCCCGCUCAACCACAGGUACGGCAACUGCGCCGGCGCCGCCGACGACGACAGCGACUACGAGGACUGCUACGACUCCGAUGACGACGACGAGUACGAGGAUGAGGAUGACGAGGGGGGCGAGGACGGGAUCGAUGCGAUCGACGACGACGAGGAGCACGGCGGGCUCCUGGGCAUCGCGCGCGGCGAGGAGGAGGCGUGCGAGUCCCUCUUCCUGCUCCCGGUCACCAGGACCACCAAGGAGAGCGCCGGCCCACUUGCCGCGGCGGAGGCGCGCGCACCCGUGCUCGGCUCGCUGGAGAAUUUCACCGAGUGGCAGGACGCCAAACCCCGCACUACCGCCACCGCCACCGCCGCCGCGCCCAAGAACUCGGACAAGGAGAACGCCGUCGCGCCGGGGCAAGACAACUGGUCAUCGCUGGACAAGCUAUCCGACCCGGCGCCGGUUCCGGCCAGGAAGAAAGACAACAAGCCGGCGGCGAGCCCGGACUACACCCCCAGCACGCCGAGCAAGCAGGAGGCCUCGGUGGACGCCAGCCUGUCGACGUGGCUGGGCUCCGCGGGGACGCCGGAGAGCCACUCCGUGCGCUCCUACUCGCCCAUCAGCCGCGAGGACCGGCCCAUCCUGGGAGCCUUGACCGUGGAGGACAUCAAGAUAUCCUCGGCCAACUCGUCGCCCAGUCGGCGGUCAAGGUCCCCGAGCCCGAGCCCCGAUGACAUGCCCAUCCUCGGCACCGUGGGGGCUUACUGGAACUGCAGCGACGAUUCCGUGACGAGAGGCGGGUUUAUGAAGACCAGGAGCAGGUUUGGGCAGAAUUUCGCAUGAUGAAAUGGUGAUCAUCUGCUGCUGAGUGUGUGCCUCCCAGCUAUAGGGAGCUGCGAAUUGUUAACAAGAUACAGAGUGUGUGAGAUUGGUAUUCUUUACCGGUGAUGUCUCGUGGAAGAAAUUUAUAUUCUUUUAUUUGUUGUAAACAUGUCAUUCUACAGUAUGGUCAUUUUUGUGGCAUUGUCAAUAUCAUGUAUUAUUAUUCCAUCCUGUCAAUAUGAUGAAUGUACUGCAUCUGAGUUUGUCUCC